UGCCUUUAUCCUAACCCUCUGUGUUUAGGACAGCAUGAGGACUUUAGUGGUGUGGACAGCACUCAGCGUAUUUAUGCACAUUGCAGUAACAGCCUGCUCAGUUAAAAGACUUGGCAGUAACCCUGGGCGGUUCGCCAAUGCCACUUUAGUGCGGCUGUCGGAGUAUUUAAGUGCUGGAUAUAAAAAAGGAGUACGGCCUGUAAAAGACUGGCGAGUCUCAACCAUGGUGGCCAUCGACUUAAUGGUCUAUUCAAUCCUGAAUGUGGAUGAGAAGAAUCAGGUUUUGACAACAUAUGUGUGGUACAGGCAGCAAUGGAUCGACGAAUUCCUUGUUUGGAAUCCUGAAGAUUUUGAUGAUGUUCGCCAGAUCUCAAUCCCAACUGCAAAUGUCUGGGUACCUGAUAUUCUCAUCAAUGAGUUUGUAGAUGUUGGAAAGUCUCCUGACAUUCCGUAUGUGUACGUAAGCAAUGAGGGACUUGUGCAGAACUACAAACCUAUUCAGGUGGUAACAGCCUGCUCUCUCAACAUCUACAACUUCCCCUUUGAUGUCCAGAAAUGCAACCUUACUUUCCAAAGCUGGCUGCACACUAUUAAUGACAUCAACAUCACGCUAAUUAGGACCCCGCAGGAAGUGAAGGAUGACAAGAUUUUGUUCAUGAACCAGGGAGAGUGGGAGCUGCUGCACGUCCUGUCCAAGUACAAUUCCUUCAGUGUGGACGGUGAUGACCACUAUGCUGAAAUGAAGUUCCAUGUGGUGAUUCGCCGCAGACCGCUGUUCUACACCGUCAAUCUACUUCUCCCCAGCAUAUUCCUGAUGGUGAUGGAUAUAGUGGGUUUCUACCUCCCCCCUGACAGCGGGGAGAGAGUAUCCUUCAAGAUCACUCUGCUGCUGGGAUACUCCGUCUUCCUCAUCAUCGUCUCCGACACACUGCCAGCCACCGCCAUUGGCACCCCUCUCAUUGGUGUGUACUUCAUUGUGUGCAUGGCCCUUCUGGUGAUCAGCCUCACUGAGACAGUGCUGAUUGUAAGGCUGGUGCAUAAGCAGGAUCUGCAGACCCAUGUGCCACAAUGGGUGAAGUACCUAGUCCUGGAGAAGGCCACCAUACUACUCUGCAUCCGCAACAAGAAGUUCUGCUCCCUGUUGGCGCAUGAGACUGACCUGCCACACUACACGGAGAAUAACAUGAACACAGCACGUUGUAACCACCACCACUAUGACAGCUCCAGAGACGUGGACAGGAAUCUCGUUAUGGGAAUUCCCAUUCGGGAAAGCACUCCUCCAGUCAUGGACAACAUCCUGCAUGAAGUCUCGUCCAUCCGGCAGUACCUGGAGAAGAGACAGGCGUGUCGAGACAUUGCAAAGGAGUGGUUGCAGGUGGGAUACGUGCUGGAUGUACUGCUCUUCAGAGUCUACCUGCUGGCCAUGCUGGCCUACAGCAUCACCCUGGGCACGCUCUGGUCCGUCUGGCAGUAUGCCUGAGAGAGCAUACAUCCUUUUUGCUGCCUCUUUACUUAAAAGCAGUUGCUGUGUGUUGACAGUUAACACAUCUGUGUAAAAUUGACAUACACUCGACACAACUGGUGUGCCACACCAGAAUUGCUAAAUGGUCAAGCACUGCAGUAAAACUGCAGUAGGUGUGUCAGCGAGACUCACUGUGCCCCUCAACAAUUUCAGCUUUUAUUGCAAAAUAUAACCGCUGAUGUCACUUUAAAUGUUGGAUAAAAUGUUUGGUUGUGUAGAAGUAUGUGUAACAUCUGAAUAAGCAUUAUAGAAAUCUAUAACGACUUUAAAGAUAAAGUCUGAACCAUAAACCAGAGCACCUAACCAGCAUUUGUAUCUGUAGCUACUAUUGCUGUAUCUGUAGUGACUUUUUAAAAAUUUAACCCCCUUACAGAAUAUUCAUGUUUUUAAGUGUAUUUAUUACGUGUAUAUGAUUUCUUAGACAAUUCACAG